AUGGAGGGUACCAAACUUUGCCUUUUGCUGCUACUGGUCACUUACACACUGGCCCAGCAAGAUGUGGGAAGUGUUGAGGAACAAUCUCCAGUUUGCUCUUUAUCCAAAAGAUUCAAGAACUUCAGGCAGUUUGUGUACGACUAUGAAGCUGAGACCUUUAAUGGCGUGAAUGGAGCCACCGACAAAAAGAGCGGCCCCAAAGUCUCCUGCAAAGUUGUAGUUGAUGUGCCCCAGACGUGUAGCUUCAUCCUGCAAACAACAGAGUGCUCUCUGAGCGAGAUCUUUGACGUGGAUGAGGCAGGGAACUCUCUCUACCGUCCGGCUCCCGGAAAUGAGGCUUUCAGAGAUGCCAUGGCCAAGAACACCCUGAAGAUCACAGUUGAAGGAGAGCUUACCGUCAGUCUCUUCCCCGAGGAUGACGAGCCUGUCAACAUCCUGAACAUCAAGAGGGGAAUUGUUUCCUCUCUCAUCGUCCCAGUGAUGGAGGAGGAGAAGAACAAAAUAAUGGCCACCGUGCAUGGAAUCUGCCCCACUCACUUCUCUGUCAACGCUGAAGAUGGCAUCGCUACUGAUGUGACUGUCAGCAGGGAUCUUUCCAACUGUGACAUGUUCUUUGCUCGCAGGCAGCACACCAGCCCCCUGGCCCUCAUCACCGGCAUGAACUUCCCUCUGUCCAAGAUGAUUGAGAGCACUCAGACUUGCAACUACAAGUUUGAAGCACAGAAGAAGCACAUGACCAGCGGCACUUGCACAGAGAAACAUAUCUUCCUGCCUCUGUCUCACAAGAAUGAAUAUGGAAUUUCCACUCUGGUGAAGCAGACUGUGACUCUGAGGGAGACCUCCAAGAUCAAUGACAGAGUCUUUGACCGCAAUGAGGAUAACAUCAAGCAUCUACCCAUGGAAGUCGUUGAAGACAAGUCCCCCGAGCAGACCACCGAGGCUGUCAUGAUCUCUAUGCAGCAGCUGAACAGCCUGUCUCAGACCAACAAGGGCGAGGAGCGCACCCACCUCUUCCACCAGCUGGUGACCGAACUGCGCGGCCUGAAUGUUGAUGUUGCUGGAUCUGCCGCUGAUGAGAUGAUGGAUGUGUCCGGAGCUCUUACAUUCCAGGCUCUGGCCCAGUGCGGCACCCCAGAGUGCACAAGCGCCCUGCUGAAGGUUCUCAGGACCUUCAGCGAAGAUGCUCUUGAAGUUGAUGCUGCCGUCUAUGCCCUGGGACUGCUGCCCAACCCAUCUCGCCUGAUGGUUAAGGACAUGCUGGCUAUGGCUCAGUAUAAGCAGAGCAAACCCAUCAUGUAUGCUCUGAGCAAUGCUGUCAGGAAACUGUACCACGCUGAAGGUAUGACCCCUGAGAUCACCGCUGUCUAUGAGUAUAUGUCCUCCAUUCUGGGUGCAGACUGCCCUGGAGAGAAGGAUCUGACCUACAUGACUUUGAGAGUUGUUGGAAACAUGGGAGAAGCAAUGGAAGCAGCUGACCCAACCAUCAAGACCACCCUGCUGAAGUGCAUGAGACAGCCUGCAACCACCCUGUCUGUGCAGCUGGCUGCAAUCCAGGCUUUCAGACGCAUGACUGUGACAGAUGAGGUUCGCGCUAACCUCCAGAGAGUCAGCCAGUACCCCAAAGGUGCCGUGCAGAAGCGCCUGGCCGCUUACCUGACCCUGAUGAGGAACCCCCAGGACAGUGACAUCGAGAUGGUGAAGAAGCUGCUUAACCAGGAGCAGAACGUCCAGAUCAAAUCCUUUGUGACCUCCCACAUCUACAACAUCAUUUCCUCCACCGACAUGGAAACCCAGAAGCUUGGUAGGAAGAUCGCAGAUGCCCUGCAGGACACUGAGGUCAUUGCACACAGUGAAUACACCACAAAGUCUGGCAACUACAAGCUGAGCGGCAUCCAGGGCAACAUCAUCUUCGAUCCCAGCAGCCAGAUGCCAAGAGAGAUGAUGCUUGAAACUACCCUGAAAGCUUUUGGUUUCAACAUGGAUCUUUGGGAGAUCGGCAUGGAAGGAAAGGGCCUUGAGCCAACCAUUGAUGCUCUGUUUGGAAAGAACGGUUUCUUCCCCGACACCCUGUCCAAGACUCUGUACUGGGCUGAUGACAAGAUGCCACCAAAGGUCAGAGCACUCCUGAGUAGCUUGGUUGGUCCCAUGGAUACAGAAGCAAACAAGGUUCCAGAGAAUCUUAUGAGAGAAGUUGCCCGCAACUUCAACAAGCUGGUGAAGGAUCUACAGAGUCAGGAGUCCCCAGAGGCCAUGGCCUACCUGAAGAUCAUGGGAGCUGAGCUUGGUUACAUCAGGGGCAAUGAGCUGAGGUUUAUUGCUGAUAAUUCCAUCAUGUAUGCAGAUAUCUUAAUGAAGACCAUUCCAACCAAGGUCUUGGCUAAGCUGAUGUCCAGCACUGACAACGAGUUCUUUGCCCAUUACAUCUUCAUGGACAACAAAUUCAUGAUGCCAACAGCAACUGGCUUGCCUCUGACAUUCGCUCUGUCUGGCACCUUUGCUCCUGGUGCAAAGGGAGGCCUUCGUAUGGCUCCCAGCAUGAAGGAGCUGGUGUUCAUGCCCUCUGUUGGAGUUGAGUUUGUAACAAGGAUGGGAGUCAACAUUCCCGAAUUCAUCAAGUCCGCUGUUGAAGUGCACACCAUCAUGUACCAUGAGAGCACUCUCAAUGCCAAGAUCACCAUGGAAGAGAAUCAGAUCAAGCUUUCCAUCCCCGCCGCACAGGGCACCACAAAGCUCUUCUCCAUCAGCAACAAAGUGGAGAUUCUGGGCAGCGGUAAUGCUGUAGUUAUCCCAAACACACAGAGUGAAAGCACCUGUGACCAACUCCUUGGAGUCAAAUAUUGCACAGAAACCACUCGCACUCAUUCUCAGACUGAUGCCCCUUACUACCCCCUGACUGGAGAGAAUAGCUUUGCUCUGAUGAUCCAGCCCAAUGAAGAGGUCUCUGAGUACACAGCCACCAUUGCUUAUGAACUCCUCAGUGAAGGAAAGGAUGACCACCAGCAGGUUGAUGCUUUGAAGUUGGCCCUAAGAGCUGAGGGUGCUCAGCCUACUGAGGCUACAGCCACCAUGAAAUACAACAGGAACAGGAAUGUCUUCACCACCCAAGUCCAGAUCCCUGACUUUGAUGUUGAGGCUGGCAUUAAGGUUGGCAUGACCGACAGCAGUGCCAAGGGCAAAUCCAUUAUUCUUGAGAUCUCCAACAAGAACGUGCCACAGAUCUCUCUGAUUGGCCGUGCCAAGGUUCAAGCCACAACUGAUGGCAUGCUGCAGAUCCAGCUGUUGGUCCCUUCACUGAAGACCGAUGCAUCCGUCACAGCUACCGUGAGCUCAGUUGAUGGACUCACCAUGGAGAUCAAAAGUGAUGUGAAGCUCCCCGAGACCUCCUCCAUCCAGGCAGUGGUAUUCAAAUAUGGUGAAGACCAGGCUGAGAUUCAGCUGCUGUCCAACAUGAAUGCUGAAACUAAGAUUCUGGUCCCUUACACUGAAGCCUUCCAGGCCUGGAUCAUGCAGUUUGCAGAUGAUGUCAUGGACCAGCAGGUUGUCAAGACUGACAUGAAAGUGCGUCAUAUCUUCAACAAGGCAGUUGAGGCAAGCAAUAACUGGAUGGACAAGAUCACAGCUGAUGUCCCCUAUGUUGAGACUCUGAGGAACAAGCUGGAAAGUGUUGAAAUGCCCUCCAUGCCUGAGAUGCCUGAAAACCUAUUCAUGAACCUUGAAAGCACAUUCAAAUACAAGUUCAACCAGGACCGUGUGACCAUCACUUUCCCUCUGCCUCUGGGAGGCAAGUCAUCCGAGGAGCUGAUGAUUCCUCCUGUGGUCAACUCUCCACACUUUUCCAUGCCUCAGCUGGGCAUGGAGAUUGCCUCCAAGGAGAUCAGGAUCCCAACCUUCACCAUGCCUGCUGAAUACGAUAUCACCCUGCCUCUGACAGGAAUGAUGGAAGCCACCGCCAAGGUCAACACCAACUAUUACAAUUUGGAGGCAACUGUGUCUGCUGGUAACGACACCGUUGAGUCUCCUAGCUAUGUGACCAAGUUCACUAUGAUGGCUGACAGUCCAAUCAAACUCCUUGCCUUUACAACAGAGGGAACUGCAAAAAUCACUGAUACUGCAGAGAAAACCAUGAAAAUGAACAUUGAUGGUUCCCUGAACCACAUGUUCGUGAACACUGGCUUCGGUGUGCAAGAAACCAUUGCUGUCACAGACAACAUAAUGUCAACAGGAAGGUACAAUGUGUAUGCUGUCUCCCCCGUGGGUCUGGACACUUCUCUGACCAUUACCACCCAGGUCGGCAUUGACUCCAACCUGCUUUCCGGAGAUAUCAACACAGACGGAAGCGUGACAAUUGGACCCAUGACUGCCAGCACCACCUAUCUCCACACCUUCUCUGUUGAGCCAGCAAAGAAAGAAGCAAGACUUGAGAGUACACUGCGUGUGACCUCUGAUAUCCUGAAGGUUGUGCACAAGGUGAAGGCAUCAUAUGCAAAUGAAGAACUUCUGAUCGAGUCCAACACCAACAUGAACAGUGAGCCCAUCAAGCACACCACCAAAAUGAGCCUUAGCUACAAGGAUGUCAAGCUGACCGCCCAGGCUGACUCUGUCACCAAGGCUGAUGAGCGAAUGCUUCGUAGCCAGAUUGAGUUCUCUGCCUUUGAGGGACAGGCCAUUCUCAGGAUUGAAAACCAGGCAGAUGACACAGUGAACCGUGCCUACUCCCUGCUCACUGGCUCCAUGGACCCAUCCGGUGUGGAGAUCAAUGCUGAUGCCUCCUUGAACAUCUUUUCAAGCCUUGCCUCUCACAAGGCAGCCCUUGCCCUGAACAUGAACGGCCUGACCACCAGCUGCACAACAACUGCCCAGUACAGUCCAAUGACCUUUGAGAAUGUUUUCCAUGGUGGAGUUGACUCUAAUGGUGCCACCAUGUCUCUCACCACUAAGGGAGCCAUCAAAGAGAACACAGCCGAGCUUAAUGUUGAGGGAAAGAUGGCAAGUACAGAAGUGUAUUUCAAUGGCGUCUUGAAGGGCAACCUCUAUGACAUCAACACCAGAAACAUAGUGAACCUCAGAGUGAACGAAGAUGGCCUGAUCCUCUCCAGCAACAUCGUCGGAUCAGUCAACGAGAUGAGGACCGACAAUACCCACUCACUCUCUCUUACUCUGAGAUCCUUCACUCUUAGCUCCAAGACCGACAACGUCCUGAAUAACAAGAACUCCUACAUGCAUGACAUCACAGUGAACAUGGAGCCCUAUACUGCCUCAGUUAUGGUGAAAAAUAACCUGAAGAUCAUGGAGGUAAACUUUGUGAAUGAUGCCCAGUUCAAGGCCGGGCCUUACAACCUGGAGCUGGCAGGAACAAUGACCGGAGUCUUCGUAGAGGAAGAACUCAAGCACACCUAUGAAGUCAAGUUUGUUGACAUGGUCCUCUCUGCCAAGUGCAAUACCAAUGGCAAACUCCUGGGCACUCAAUUGGCACAUACCACUGAUAUGGAAAUUGCUGGUCUGACAAUGAAGUUUAACAAUGUAGCCAACUUCAACUCCCCAGCUCUUCGCCUGGACAGCACUGUCAAAACUGUUGCUGCACCCUUCACUCUGCAAAUUGAUGCCAUUGUCAACUCAGAUGGUUCUGUGUAUCUGUAUGGACAGCAGGGCGGCGAACUGUACAGCAAAUUCCUCCUGAAAGCAGAACCCAUGGUGUUCACUCAUUCAUUUGAGUGCAGAGCCUCCUCAACCCAUGAACUGGAAGGCAGACCAACUAUCAAGACCAACAUGAACAACAAAUUCAACAGCAUGCUGAGCUUCCAAGAGCAAAGUGUCACCCUGCAAGUUACAUCUAAAGUGAAUGAGCACACUCUUGUGCAAGAAAUGAGCGCCUAUAACAACGCAGAGAAAAUGGGUAUUGAGAUGACAGGAGAAGUCUCCACCCCCCUUUUCGGUGAGGCCAGUGAAAAUUAUGCGAUCUCUGGAUUUGUGAAAUAUGACAAAAACACUGAAAGCCACUUCCUUCAGAUCCCCUUCAUUGAGUAUCUGCCCGCCUUUAUUGAAAACAUGAAGACCACAAUGAUGAACCUGAUGGAUCAAAGCAUUGAAAUGCUGACAGAUAUCAACACCAAGUACGAGAUCAGCACCAAGUUACAGAACAAAGUGACAGAACUGAAAGAGGUCAUUGACAACUUUGACUUCAACCUCUUUGUCCAAGAUCUGAAAAAGUUUCUCACCUCAGUUGAAAACUUUUUGACCAACCUGACAGCCAAGUUGCCCACCGAGCAGGUCGUGGAUAUGUUGAAAUCAGUCAAGGAAACCGUCAUGGAUUGGAUCAAGAAGCAUAACAUUGCUAACAAGUUCAAUGUGGCCUAUGCAAGGAUUGAAGAGAUCCUCUCCAACUAUGAAGUUGAGAAAGUGAUUGGUGCCAUCAUGGAUGAGAUUGUUAAGAUUAUGAAGCAGUAUCAGGUGAGGGAGAAGAUUCAGGCUGUAUUUGCUGCUAUUAAGUCCAUUGACAUCAAGCCUUUGCUCGAAAGAGUUAUGCUACCUGUUCAAGAGCUUGUCAACGAAGUGUACUCCUUUGACUUCAAGCAGCUGAUUGAUGACAUGAGUGACUAUUUCCUGAGAGUGGUCCAGAAAGUCAGAUCUUUUGAUUAUGACACAUUCACAAUGGAGCUGAAAGAGAAGGUGCUGGAUAUGAGCAAGAUUCCCUGCUUUGGAAAACUCUCUAGCGAGUUCAGAGUUACCUCACCUCAAUACUCACUCAAGACCUCUGCUGCCCUGGAGAACACCACAACAACCUCAGCCACACCUGAGUUCACGAUGAACCUUAACUCCCAAGCUGUCUCUAUCUUGAAGGUGCUUGACCACACAGUGGAGGCUACUGCUCAAAUUGCUGCACCCAAGAUGAGCCGUCUGUCCAUCUCUGAGAAUGUCAAAGUUGACCACUCCAGUUUUGCACUUGACCACAAGGCAACAAUGAAUCUCUACGGCCUGUCAGCACAAGCCACUGCUGAAACCACAGCAAAGGUUAACACUGAGCUCUAUACUGCAGAGCUUGUCAAUACUGCAUUCCUUGCUAUGGAAAAUGGACUUUCUACCAACAUGGAGACAAGCUACACACAUGAAAUCAGCCGCUUUGGUAAAACAUCAAUGAAUCAGAAGGCUGGUUUUGUGAUUGAGGCUGGCACUGCAACCCUUACCAUUAACAACCUGGCCAAAGGACAGAUCGCAGUUCUGGAGUUCUCAGAUGAGAUCGACCACAAGAGCAGUUUGGAGGUAGUCAUGGAUCUCCACACAGCCAAAGUGACCAUCACUGGAGAAACAGGGAGCACCAACUUGAAGAUGAAUCAGAAUGUGGUUGCAGAUAUUUGCAUCUUCCGACACAUCAUUUUGGAGGCCAAGUUCGAGACAGAAACACCUGUCAUGAAGGGUAGUGUUGCAGAGGUCAAGUUCCAAGCUAAAGUUGAAGACAUGAAAAUUGACUUUUCCGCCUCUCACAAUGCAGAACUCACAGGAAGUGUUGAUGGAACACUCUCAAACUCAGUGCUUGCUUUGAUCACACCUACUGAGCUUAUGUUUGACACCAAGAACAAGGGAAAUGCUAAGAUGACCCUUCCACUGAAACUGUCUGGAAAGAUUGAUCUCCAGAAUGACAUCGCUUUAACCCUGAACUCUGAGGUGCAGCAAGGUAGCUGGACAGGUCUGGCUAGAUUCAACCAGUACAAGUACUCCCAUUACUUCAGUAUGGAUAAUGCUGAGAAAGAAAUCACCAUCUUUUCCCAGAUUUCUGGAGAAGCAAAUCUGGAUGUACUGAAGGAACCAAUCACUAUCCCUGAAAUCACUGUGCCAUUCAUUGGUUUCAACACACCAAGAGUGGAAGACUACUCUCUGUGGGAAGACACUGGCCUGAACAAUCUCCUGAUCACAACUGAGCAGACCUUUGACAUGAGCUCCAAGCUAAAGUACAUGAAGAACCCUGAGAUGAUCACCAUUGACAUUAAUAUGGAUCCAAUCAUCAAUGUCAUUAAUAACAACGCCAAGACUUUGCACAAGAACAUGCUCAUUGGCAAGGAUAAGGCUGCUGAUAUUCUAGCUACAUCUUACGACAAAGCCAGAUCAGAGUAUGAAAGAUAUAGCAUUGAGUUGCCCAAAACCAUCACAGUCCCUGCCUACAGAGUUCCAGUGAUGAAUGUUGAAAUGUCCACUUUCACCAUUCCUCUGCCCGACUUCAGCCUCAUUACAAUGCCUGCCCUGCAUGUUCCAUCUGCCCUGAGCAAGCUCACGCUCCCCAAAAUCACUCUGCCCAAAAUUCAGAGCAUCAGGAUCCCUGUGAUGGGUGAUCUGACUUAUGAGUUUGCCAUGAAAUCAGCAAUGAUCACACUCAAAACCGAUGCCAGUAUCCUUAACCAGGAAAACAUCAUCAUCAAACUUGAUGCAUCCUCAUCCUCUGAAUGUGAAAUCCUGAAUGGAAAGAUCGAAGGCACCACCAAUGUUGAAACAGUUGGAGGACUUAAAAUGGCUUCUGCCCUGUCUGUACAACACGCAAUGCUGGAGGGAAACCAUCAGGGCUCCAUCAUCUUAAGUUAUGAGACAGUGGAGACCACCAUCACCAAUUCAGCAAAGGUUAUUCUGCCUAUUCUGACUAUGGAAAUCUACCAGGAGGUUACAGGAAACCCCAACGAAGGCCUUGUUGUCUCCAUGUCCACUCCAUCUGCAGGACUCAUUGCACUUCAGAUGCAGACCAAGCGCCCAGCUCAAGUUAAAGCAAGAGUGUAUGGUCGCUACCCGUCUGAACCAACAACAGACAUUGAUAUCGUGGGUAUGAAGUUGUCUGUGGUGAAUAAUGAGAAGCUGGCCAUUCAGACAACCUGGAACAUGGAGAUGCCAUACGAGAUGCUGCUGCGAAUGAAGACACAGGUGCCCACAGUCAUUGAAAUGGUAUCUGAUCCUGCUGCCAGAGCAUACGACCAAAUCUACAGGCAGGCCAGGAGCCUUGAGGGUUCUUUUGAACAGGCCAGAGAGCAGGGUAAAGAGAUGUUCAAGAGGGCUGUUGACAACCUUGCAAGUGUAAAUCCCUCUGGUUUUAUGACAACUGUCGCAGAUAAGACAAUUAUGAUCCUCAAAAGGUACCAGAAGAGAGUUGAAAUGGUUCUUGAUGCUGUAGUUAAAUUCCUGAGAGAGACAAAGUUCCAGAUCCCAGGCUAUGAAGAGAGGCUGUCUGGGCUUGAGGUGUACCAGCAGUUCAGUGCCUUUGUAGCUGAUGUUUCUGAAGAGGCCAUUCAAAAGAUUCCAGAGUACUUUUCCACCAUGUUUACCGCAGUUCUUGAUUAUUUCAGAGCCAUUGAAUUCACCAUCCCUGGCUCUACCCACAUUGUCAGUGGAAGCGAAAUUCUUGAAGACCUGUCAGUAGCUUUGGGUAAAAUUCAAGAUCAAGUGAUUGUCAUUGUUAGGAAGGUUGGUGAAAUCCCACUGGAGGAUGUUAUGUACAAAUUCUCUGAAUUCAUUCAGUUUACCACUGAACAAAGCGAAAAAUUCCUCCUCACCAUUAGCUCCCAGAACGUAGAGAAGCUCUCCACCUUUGUGGCUGAUGUAUACAGUGACGCCAUCAACUCCCAAAUUAUGUCUGAUGUUUCCAUGCAAGUAGAAGAGGCCCGCAGAAUUGUGAUGGAAUACAUUGCAGCUGUGAAAGCUAAAGUAGAGAGUAUUUUGGCUGAUAUGUCUACUGAACAGCUUCAGGCUGAUAUCCAGUCCUGGAUUGACUUAAUGGUAAAACGUCUUAAUGCUUUCCAAAACAAUGUUAUUAAGACUCUUAAAGAGAAAAGCAAAAGUGUUGAACCAUUUGUUAGAGUCAGUGACAGACAGAUGGAGAUUGACAUUCCUUUACCAUUUGUUGCCAAAUCCAACUAAGUGACCAUGGCUGAAAGUGUUUGUGUUAAUAAUAUCUGACAUGUAAGCUAACAGUUAGUCUAUUCCACCAAAAAGACCAGACUGUUAGGAAAUGUUCUGUAACCAUGAUGUGUGUGUCUCUCUUCUGUGUUAUUCAAAAUUUUAAUUGUUUAUUUCACUGCGGAACCCCAGUUGUUUUUACCCUACUGUGCCUCUUUGUGUCUUGUACUAUUUAAAAAAAGAAUCUGUGGCCUUCAAUAAAGACACUUUGUACUGCAUA